AUGUUCGGUUUUAGAGAUAGGAACGAGGGAAGAACUUCGUUGUUGGAGUUCGCUAAAACUUUUGAUUUGGUGAUAGCUAACACGUGUUUUCAGAAGAGGGAGGACCACUUGGUCACUUUCCAGAGUACGGUGGCCAAGACUCAAAUUGAUUACCUUUUCCACAGUAAGUGUGAUAGAGGCAUGUGCAUUGAUUGCAAGGCCCAAGGAAAAGUAGAAGCCAAGAAAGCGGCAUAUUUGAAGCUAGUGGAGAGUGCAAUCGAGGAGGAGAAGAGGACGAAUAGGGAGUGUUAUAAGAAGGCUAAGAAAGAGGCGAAGUUAGCGGUCACGACAGCUAAAAAUGCAGCAUUUGGACGCUUGAAUGAGGAACUUGGGGGCAAAGGCGGUGACAAGAGACUCUACAAGUUAGCCAAGGUUAGAGAGAGGAAGACUCGGGAUCUGGACCAAGUGAGGUGCAUCAAAGACGAGGAAGGCAAGGUAUUGGUGGAAGAGACAUGUAUUAGGCGUAGGUGGCAAACACACUUCCAUAAACUCUUGAACGAGGAUGGGGACAAGAACAUCAUGCUUGGUGAGUUGGAGAACUUAGAGAGCCAACGAGAUUUUGGGUUUUGUAGGCGUAUUACAGUUGAGGAGGUUGAGGGGGUGAUGCUGAAGAUGAGCAAGAGUAAGACGAUUGGCCAGACGUGA